AUGAAUAUGAUUUUUUUAUACAACCCAUGUAGGCUAGAAGGAAAGGUAGCCUUAAUAACUGGAGCAGCGAGUGGUAUUGGCGAGUGUACCGCAAAGCUUUUUGCUGAACAUGGAGCAAAAGUCAUCAUUGCAGACAUCCAAGACCAACUUGGUCUAUCGGUUUGUGAGAAGAUUGGCUCAUCAAACUCCAUAUAUGUCCAUUGUGAUGUAACUAACGAAGAAGAUAUCAAAAACGCUGUAGAUACUGCAGUCACUACUUUUGGAAGACUUGACAUCAUGUUUAACAAUGCAGGGGUAGUAGAUCCUAUCAAAGCACGUAUUAUCGACAAUGAGAAAAUAAACUUUGAACGUGUGCUUAAUGUUAAUGUAACAGGCGUCUUCCUUUGCAUGAAACAUGCUGCUAGGGUCAUGGUUCCACAGCGAUCUGGCACAAUAAUAUCAUCGUCUAGCCUUUCUUCACAUCUUGGUGGUAUCGCUUCUCAUGCUUACUGUUGUUCAAAGCAUGCAAUAGUUGGUCUAACCAAGAACCUAUCAGUAGAGCCUGGACAAUUUGGCAUUCGAGUCAACUGUUUGUCACCUUAUGGAAUAGCUACACCUUUAACUAAAAAAAUUACUGGGCUUGAAAAGGAGGCUUUUGAGAACGCAAUGAACUUAACAGCGAACCUAAAGGGGGUGACACUCAAAACAGAUGAUGCUGCAUAUGCUGCGCUUUUUCUGGUAAGCGACGAGGCUAAAUACAUAAGUGGACAGAAUCUAGUUAUUGACGGUGGAUUGAGCUAUGCUAAUACAUCAUUCAACUUCUUUAAAUAUGGCGAGGAACUAUAA